CGUGUGGCAUGGCUUGUUUUUCUUCUAGGAUGCGGAGAAAGAGAAGGAAACCCACAAUUACCUCAGCAAAGAGGAAAUCAAAGAGAAAGUUCAUAAGUACAACUUAGCAGUCACGGACAAGUUGAAGAUGACCUUGAAUUCAAACGGGAUUUACACUGGCUUCAUUAAAGUGCAGAUGGAACUCUGCAAACCUCCGCAGACGUCUCCGAACCCUGGAAAGCUCGCGCCCAGCAGCAACGGCUGCAUGAACACUCUUCACAUCAGCAGCACGAACACUGUGGGGGAGGUGAUUGAGGCCCUGCUCAAGAAGUUUCUCGUGACCGAGAGCCCUGCCAAGUUUGCACUUUAUAAGCGUUGUCAUAGGGAAGAUCAAGUCUACGCCUGCAAGCUCUCAGAUCGGGAACAUCCCCUCUACCUGCGUUUGGUAGCAGGGCCCAGAACAGACACACUUAGUUUUGUUCUUCGUGAACAUGAAAUUGGAGAGUGGGAAGCCUUCAGCCUUCCAGAACUACAGAAUUUCUUGCGGAUCCUGGACAAGGAAGAAGAUGAGCAGCUGCAGAGCCUGAAGAAGCGCUACGCGGCCUACCGAGACAAGCUGGAAGAAGCCCUCAGCGAGGCGUGGAAGCCUGGCUAAGGCGCGGGCUCCCGCCGCCCGGCUGGCGCAGGAUGUGUGCGGACCAGCAGCAACCGUCUCUUCUCGGAGGGCUCAUUCUUGCCCCGUGAUGCUAAGGGCUUCCCCUUUUUCUCUCUAGAUGUAGUUCCCAAACCUGGUCACGCAGCGUCCUGCACCUUAGGCGUCCUCUGUGAGGGAUUCUGCAAGCUUGUUUUGUUACAUCACUGCGGUGUCACCUCUUGGCAAGCUGUGAAUCUGUUCUCAUCUGGAGCAUUCUAGAGUGCUUUGAAGCGUGAACUCUGGGUUGUUGUUUUUUUCCUUAUUUUCUUUUAGUUAUUUUAAUUAUGUGAUGUUGAUGUUAAGCUUAAGGAUGUGCAAACGAUUUUUUACAAGCUUAACAAGGAAUCUAUCUGAAUACUUGUCCUAUGUUGAAACUACCU